GCGCGGUACUUCCAGGUUGUGACUCUACUCCCCUUCCCUCCUUCCAUCUUACAUUAUGUCUUCACGGUGAACCCUUGGCUCUGCCUUGUGGAUAUUUCUUUGUAUACCUACUACGCGCCGUCAUGUCCGAGAUUGCCGAAACAUCCAACCCUUUCAACGAUUCAGACGGUCUCGCCAAUGCGACACUCCCGGUUGGGCGCAAUGUCUCGCUGACGCUGGGUACUGACGCUCUCGUCGUGCUUGAUGAAGCAUUUGGGGACAAGCAGAGCUGGAAUUGCUUUGGCUUGCUUUCGAGCAGAAACAAAACUACCCGUUCUAUUCCAUUCUUUAAUGUCCUCUGGGCCGAAGCAACCGAAUUCGACAUCACUAUCACUUAUGCCCACAACGUGUCGAAGAAGACAGCCCGUCCGAGCAAUAUACACUAUCUGAUUGAGAAGACCGACCAUGCACGAGCGGUAGCCUGGGUUGCGCGUUUACUGGACCGCGCAUAUGGAGCGGCUCAGAAGCGCAAACGUAUAAAGGUUCUGGUCAAUCCUUUCGGCGGCCAGGGCGGCGCUGAGAAAUACUAUUUACGCGAUAUCGAGCCGAUACUUGCGGCAGCGCGGUGCGAGAUCGACGUUGAGAAGACACAAUACGGAGGUCAUGCUGUAGAUUUGGUCGAGAAGCUGGACAUCGAUCAAUGGGAUGUCAUCGCAUGCUGCUCAGGCGAUGGUGUGCCCCAUGAAGUGUUCAACGGCCUAGCGAAGAAGAAGAACGCUGCUCGUGCCUUACACCAAGUUGCCGUUGUGCAAUUCCCAUGCGGAUCUGGAAACGCAAUGAGCAUCAACUUGAAUGGAACAAACUCGCCUAGCCUCGCCGCUAUUGCCGUUGUCAAAGGCCUCCGUACCCCCCUCGAUCUCAUAUCCGUCACUCAGGACGACAAGCGCAUUCUCUCCUUUCUCUCUCAAUCCGCCGGCAUGGUCGCCGAAUGUGAUCUUGGCACCGAGAACCUUCGUUGGCUUGGUAGUGCGCGUUUCGACGUUGGUUUUCUCUUGCGUGUUCUUAGUGGCCGAGUCAUGUAUCCCGCCGACGUUGCAAUCGCCCUCGAAGAUGACUCGAAAACAUCCAUUCGGGAGACGUACCGUCGCGAACAUUCGCGCAGCCCACCCGCCAGUGACUCUCGAAUCCCCCCAGCUGUAGACUCAUCACUUCCACCGCUGGAGUUUGGAACCGUGAAUGACCCUUUACCAUCUGGGUGGGCACUCAUACCGUACGACACCCUCAGCACCUUUUACGUGGGCAACAUGACGUACAUGGCUCCCAAUGCGCCCUUCUUCCCAAUGGCAUUGCCAACAGAUGGCUGCGCAGACUUUAUCACAGUCCCUGGUACUGUACCAAAGCUAGAGUCGUUGAGCAUUGGCAUUGCGGUGGAGAAGGGGACCUUCGUGGACAAGGAUUACGUGGCAUAUAAGAAGAUUCGUGCAUACCGUUUCAUUCCACGGAGGAUACCUCAUCGCAAAGGCGAAAAGGAGAAUGGAUAUAUAAGUAUUGAUGGCGAAAGCGUACCAUUUCGGCCUUUCCAGGCCGAAGUGCAUCCUGGGCUGGGAACUGUUCUCAGCCGGAGCGGGCACAUCUACGAAAAACAACGGUAAGGCAUGAAGGCAAUGCUGUUUGUCCUUUUCCUUUCUUUUCUUUUUCUUUGGAUGAUCGGAGAUGGGGCGAAACGAGAGUAGAGCAGCACUACGGCACCUAGUCUCAGCAUUUGCAGGCGAUUUCUUCCCCUUGUUUAUACCCACUUGUACGC